AUGGGCAUUCUUGACAAGGCCGUCAACCGCGACGGUUCGGGGGGGUUUGCCGGAGGUCUCAUCCGCCUUGUUAUCCGCUUCUUCCAAUUCGUGCUCGCACUUACCGUUGCCGGCCUCUACGGAGUGGAUCUCCAAAGAGCGAACUACGCCGACGGAAAAUGGGUCUUCGCUGAAGUCGUGGCCGGUCUUUCUGCCGUGACCUGUCUCGUUUAUGCCGGGCUCUUCUUCGUUCCCAGCGAGAAGUUCUUCGCUUGGGACUGGGUUCUAUUCAUCCUCUGGGUUGCGCUCUUCGGCCUUUUCGGUAACAUGUACAUUGGCGAGCACCCAACUCCCAAACAAGGCGGCGUUCGGCGGAUGAAGAAUGCGGUUUGGGUCGAUUUGACGAACAUGCUGCUCUGGCUCUUGACGGCCGUGUGGGCUACGGUGUCGUUCUUCCGCGCCAGAGGAUCGCGAACACUUCACACCGGUCGAGCCAAGGUCUAG